AAUGGGAGGUAGAGUGUCAUACGAGAAGGUGACCCUGCCGUCUGAUUGCGUUGUCAUAGUUACGGGGGCCUCAGCUGGAAUCGGAUAUGAAACUGCAAAGAAUUUAGCGAUGAUGGGAGCUAAAGUUAUCAUGGCUUGUAGGAACGAAGAGAAAACUUCAAAGGCUAUAGGGGAAAUGCGUCAAGACCUCGCAAAACUGCGUCAAGGAAAUACUACAGGGUUACAGCUGCCCGGGGAGCUUCAGUUACAUUAUAUGCACCUAGACCUUGCCUCGCUAAAGUCUACCAAGAGGUUUAUAGAAGAGUUUAAAGCCACCGGAUGGCCACUACAUUUGUUAGUGUGUAACGCAGGACUAGCAUUAAACACAAUGGAGCUCACAGAAGACAACCAUGAAACCGUGUUUCAGGUAAAUUACUUAGGACAUUAUCUUAUGGUCGAGCAAUUCUUACCCAUAAUGCAACGUUCUGGUGAUGACUGUCGCAUACUUUUGGUGUCGAGUAUGGGACAUUACAGUUGUACGUUUGUAAAGGGUGAUCUAGAGGGGAAAAACAAGACAAAAGACACGUCAUUCAAAUUAUAUGCAAAUUCAAAAUGCUAUCAGGUUAUGCAUAUGUACAGUUUAUACAGUCGACUGCAAAGGAGAAGUACUCAGAAUAUUGGUGUAUUCUCCCUCCAUCCGGGAUAUGUUGACACUGAAAUAUUUAAGAACAUCAGUAAGGUGUAUCAAAUGAUACAUAAUGUAUCACGAAAACUAGGUUUAGCCAUUAAUCGUGAAAAGGGGGCGUUCACAACACUGUAUUGCGCAGUGAACCCUGACCUCAAAGGAAAGAGUGGUUACUACGACAACUGUAAACUAAAAACGCCAAGUGACAUCUCAAGGAACAAAGAAUAUCAGGAAAUAUUGGAUAAUUACACACGGGAAUGUUUGAAAGACUAUCUCCAAAAAGAUGGGGAUGUUGCAGGACCUGUUGAUUCAUACUAUGCAGACAGAUCGUGA